CUGCCAAUGACAGCUAGUUGUCAGUUUUCCCCUCACCACUCCUAGCUAAAUUGUUGCUUGAGAAAUUGCUAUUUGUGUUUGUUUUUGACCAUUUUAAUUGAAAACAAUCACAGUAAGGUACUUUAUUGUUACCAAGAAAUGAUUUGAUAUUGAGGUAAAAACGGCUGCAUUGGAGCUUUAAAAAUACAAUGAUGUGCGCAUGUCGUCAUUUGCCAAGCAACGAUUGUUCCGACUGUUUGGUUCAUCUGUGGUUUGCGUAGCUAGCCAGUUUGAGUUUGUUGGAAUGCAAUGAUUAGUAAGCUAGCAUAGCUCAAUAUAUUUCCGCAUCUAAAGAUUUAUUGCUUCGCAAGGUUUGCCAAAAUGCUUUUAAACAAUUUGCUUGAGUGUUUGCCGCCUGACCUCGAAUCAGUCUUGUAAAAAUGGGUCAUUUUAAUAAUCCAAGCAAGCUAACUUUAGCUACAUCUUGCAAAUUGAAGAUGUUUUGCUAGCUAGCUAACUUAGUUAGGUUUGAUCGCUACAAUUUAUUGAUAGGGUAGCUGCAGGGUGUCCUGUAGUUUGGCAAAGUGUUAAAACGUGUUUUGUCAUCUGACUUAGCUUCUUAGCCUAGCUUGCUACGUUAGCUGAAUUAGCUAGCAUCAGCUUUUUCUAUCGUUUACUGAAUUUGACGUAUCGCUACUAUCUGUAAAAUAUGGCUACUGCCUCUAGCUCAUGUGUGGGGAUAAAUGGGUCUAGAAAUGGACCCUCUCUCUCUACACCGACAUUGGUAGCACCUGGACAAUCUCAGCCUAUGGUCGUUGUAUGGGAAUGGCAGGAUGAUCUUGGCUUCUGGCGACCAUAUAGCGGCCAGGUGAGCGGCUAUAUCGAACAAUACUUCUCUCCGCGGGGACACAGAGGUGGGGGUCCUGGCUCCACCAGCAUCAGCCUAGGACAAUCCGAUCCCAGUUUGUCGCCUUAUCUCAUAGACAUACCGAGCUUGAACCAGUUCCGCCAAGAUACAGGGAAAACGCGGUCUGUACGCCGUCAAUUGUUUGCCCAGUCCUCAGGCUUGGGUAGCGGAGUAUAUUGGGAGUGGGCAAAUGACGAAGGAGGAUGGACUCCGUACGAGACUCGCACUUCUAUUCUACUAGAACACAGCUACCUGGCACGGCAGGCCACUGCGGAUAUGGCCUCACAUGGCUAUAACUACAUAGUGGACCUCACAGCGCUGGCCCAGGUCAACAAGGCCACAGGCUUCAGGCGGCAGGUCCGACGGCAGGGUAACUUCCCCUACCCGCUGGCGUCUGGCGCCUCCGUCAUCCACUCGGGCCCGGCUUGCUCCUGCCACCAGUGUCUGAGCCACAGCUGCACUGGCCCCAUGCCCAGCCGUUCACGCCACUCCUUCUCCUCUGGGCAGCUGAGCCGGCCCAGCUUCCAGGGCCCCAGCAGGGCGGCUGGAGCUCACCCCACCUCGGUGUACUCGCCCUACCCCAGGAGGCCUCUUUCUGUGGGGGGCAUGGCGUGGGGUGGUCCCUGGCCCCCGACACCCUCCGCUAGUCAGUUCCCUGGACCUCCACUGUCUUACCCUACCAGUGGCAAUGGCUUAAGUGUCCCCGCCAUCCCUCUGCAACGGAAUGGAUCCACCGGUGUGAGCUCAGCCCUUGCAGGCAUGGCCUCCAUUUUGAUGUCAGCAGUGGGACUCGGCGUGCGCUUCACGAGUGCCCCCCUCCCGCACCCCUCCUCCUCCGUUCCUCCUCCCCCCAGCAGCACCAGCAGGCCCGCAGGCUCCAAAACUCACAGCAGCAGCUCGGUUAGGAGGGCAAAGAGGCAGCACAGGACAGCUUUUUGUCGUGGCUGUUUAAAGAAACCUGAACCAUCGAUUUACAUUUUCUCCUGGUGCACACUACUUUCAGGGUAAGGAACCUUCUAUCAAUAAAUUGUAAAAAUAUCAAACUUAUCCUUUUAAAAUCAAAUAUUGUGUUCUUAACCUGAAUCAAAGGCACUGUUUAGAUUUUCUGCAGGCUUGUAUAGCUUUUUAUUUUUCCUUUUACGUGUGCUCUCUUCUAUCGCAUUCCAAUGCUCACUUUCACUGUAAGAAUAAUUUUCUAAUCUGUGACUCAAUCACUCCUAUCCUAUCCAUAAAUCAGUGAGUUGUAAUUGUUGCUUGGCAGUCGACAGUGUUCAUUAGCUAACAGUGGUGUGAACUAGGCCCUAAUCUUGCUGUUUGGUUACAAAGGUUGCAGCUCAAAACAGAACCCCUAAACUCAAUGCUGAGUUGCAGACAUACCUUGUAGCUGUUCCAGAACAGACUGAUACUCACAAAUCAUCUAACAAUGAAGCUUCAUCCCAAAUGGCACCCUAUUCCCCAUAGGGCACUGAUUUUGAACAGAGCCCUAUGUUGUGAAUAGGGUGGCAUUUGGGGCACAUCAGCCCCUAACUAAGGAAGAGUGUGCUUUUGGUACAUUGGUGGAUAAGUGUCUAACCCUCUCCUCUCCCAUUCAUCCACAACUGUCAUGCAUUAAUACUGUGUACCUCAAUCUGUCGACUCAUGUUACAUCUUUGAGCAGUGCUUUUGUAUGGUACAGAUUUGCCAACGAAGCCGGCCAAAAGUUUGAGCUGCAGUGAAGUGUGUAGGCUACAUCUGCAGGAUGAGUCGGUUAUUUCUGCAGAAAUAUAAAAUACAACAAAGUGAAUUGUCAGUGUGUUAACUAUAUGCUAUAAAAUAGCAAUUUUGGGGGGG